UGCUCCGGUGGACCGUUUUGACUGCUCCCGGUGCUCCCACAUCCACGGCGAGGCUGGGGGAAAAACAUGGCGGGUAUGAGUGCGUCGGGUCCCGGCACGGUGUCGGUCGCUGGGCCUGUGCAGCAGGGUCUUAAAGAGGCCUUGAUUGAAACGCUGACGGCGAUCCUCUCCCCGGUCCAAGAAGUGCGCGCCGCUGCUGAGGAACAAGUCAAAGUGCUGGAGGUGACUGAAGAAUUCGGAGUUCAUCUUGCAGAGCUCACUGUUGAUCCCCAGGGAGCGCUUGCUAUUCGCCAGCUUGCAUCUGUCAUCCUGAAGCAGUAUGUUGAGACCCACUGGUGUGCUCAGUCAGAGAAGUUUAGACCUCCAGAGACCACUGAAAGGGCCAAGGCAGCUAUACGUGAGCUGCUCCCUGGGGGGCUGCGGGAGGCCAUCAGUAAGGUGCGCUCUAGUGUGGCCUAUGCCGUGUCUGCCAUCGCUCACUGGGACUGGCCCGAAGCCUGGCCACAGCUCUUCACAGUCCUCAUGGACAUGCUGGUCAGUGGUGACGUCAACGCUGUGCACGGAGCCAUGAGGGUGCUCACAGAGUUUACUCGAGAAGUGACAGACACCCAGAUGCCACUUGUUGCACCCGUCAUUUUGCCAGAGAUGUACAAAAUCUUUACUAUGGCAGAGGUUUAUAGCAUUCGCACCCGUUCUCGAGCAGUUGAGAUCUUUACAACUUGUGCCAACCUCAUCUGUGCAAUUGAGGUGUUUGAAAAGGGUGCUGCCAAAGCCCUAAUUUUUCCUGUGGUGGAGCAGUUCACUGAAGCGUUUGUGCAGGCACUGCAGAUGCCAGACGGACCCACUUCUGACAGCGGCCUCAAGAUGGAAGUUCUCAAAGCAGUGACGGCCCUGGUGAAGAACUUCCCUAAACCCAUGGUGUCAUCCAUGCAGCAGAUUUUGCCCAUAGUAUGGAACACACUGACAGAAAGUGCUUCUUUUUAUGUGAGAACAGAAGUCAACUACACUGAAGAAGUAGAUGAUCCUGUUGAUUCUGAUGGGGAAGUCCUUGGUUUUGAAAACCUUGUCUUCAGCAUCUUUGAGUUUGUCCACACACUGCUGGAUAACAACAAGUUUAAGAGCACAGUAAAGAAAGCACUUCCAGAACUAAUCUAUUACAUCAUCCUCUAUAUGCAGAUUACAGAGGAUCAGAUUAAAGUGUGGACAGCCAACCCUCAGCAGUUUGUUGAGGACGAAGAUGAUGACACCUUUUCUUAUUCUGUCCGAAUAUCAGCACAAGAUUUGUUGCUGGUGGUGGCAGCAGAGUUCCAGAACGAGAGUGCUGCCGCUUUAGCUGCAGCUGCCACCAGACACCUUCAGGAAGCGGAGCAGGAAAAAAAUGCUGGCUCUGAGCAUUGGUGGAAAGUCCACGAAGCCUGUAUGCUGGCUCUGGGCUCAGUCAAGACCAUCAUCACGGAGAACGUCAAGAAUGGCCGCGUGCACUUUGACAUGCACGGAUUCCUGGCCAACGUAAUCCUUGCUGAUCUCAAUCUUGCAACAGCGUCACCGUUCCUGCUGGGUCGAGCCCUCUGGGCAGCCAGCCGUUUCACUGCUGCCAUGUCUCCCGAGCUCAUCCAGCAGUUCCUGCAGGCCACAGUGAGCGGCCUGCACGAGAGCCAGCCUCCAUCCGUCCGCAUCUCUGCCGUGCGGGCCAUUUGGGGGUACUGUGAUCAGCUGAAGUUGUCAGAGAGCACCCACGUUCUGCAGCCUUACCUGCCCAGUAUCUUAGAAGGCCUGGUGCAACUGGCCGCUCAGUUUAGUUCUGAGGUGCUUACCUUGGUAAUGGAGACUCUGUGCAUUGUGUGCACAGUGGACCCAGCUUUCACCACUAGUGCUGAGAACAAGAUAUGCCCCCUCACCAUUGCCAUCUUCCUCAAAUACAGCAAUGGAGACCCUGUGGUGGCGUCCUUGGCCCAGGACAUCUUUAAGGAGCUGGCUCAGAUUGAGGCCUGCCAGGGCCCCAUGCAGAUGCGGCUCAUCCCUACACUCGUGAGCAUCAUGCAGGCACCGACAGACAAGAUUCCCUCAGGCCUUUGUGCUACAGCUAUAGAUAUCCUGACCACAGUUGUUCGGAACACUAAGCCCCCUCUGUCUGAGGUGCUCGUGUGCCAGGCUUUCCCUGCUGUGGCCCAGUGUACCCUUCGCACUGAUGACAACACCACAAUGCAGAACGGAGGUGAGUGUUUGCGGGCAUACGUGUCUGUGGCCCUGGAGCAGGUGGGCCAGUGGCAGGACGAACAUGGCCACAGCGGUCUGUGGUAUGUCAUGCAGGUGGUCAGUCAACUCCUAGACCCACGCACAUCCGAAUUCACUGCCGCCUUCGUGGGCCGCCUGGUGUCCACGCUGAUCACCCGGGCGGGUACGCAGCUGGGCGACCAGCUGGACCAGGUGUUGCGUGCUAUUCUCAGCAAGAUGCAGCAAGCUGAAACGCUCAGUGUCAUGCAGUCUCUCAUCAUGGUGUUUGCUCACCUGGUCCACUCUCAGCUGGAGCCUCUGCUGGAGUUCCUGUCCAGUCUUCCUGGUCCUACUGGGAAACCUGCUCUGGAGUUUGUCAUGACUGAAUGGAUGAGCCGCCAGCAUCUUUUCUAUGGGCAGUAUGAAGGCAAAGUCAGUGCUAUAGCUUUGUGUAAACUCCUUCAACAUGGUCUUAACACCAACGAUAAACGCCUACAAGAUAUCGUAGUGAAAGGAGAGGAAAUCUUUAACCCAGAUGAAGGAAUUCGUACACGGUCCAAAUCUGCCAAGAACCCAGAACGGUGGACCAACAUUCCUUUGCUGGUCAAGAUAUUUAAACUCAUUGUUAAUGAACUGUCAUCUGUAGUGGAGGCCAAUGCAAAUCGAGCAACCCCUGCAGAAUGGAGUCCAGAUUCAGUAAGAAUGUGGGAAGAUCAGGAAGAGGAAGAGGAAGGGGAGGAGGAGGAUGAAGGACUAGAAGGGCAGCUCCUUUCUGACCUCAUAUCCUCUAACAAAUAUGAUGAUGAUUACUAUGAAGAUGAUGAUGAAGAUGACCCAGAUGCCUUAAAGGAUCCUAUAUAUCAAAUUGACCUCCAGGCCUACCUGACAGACUUCCUCACCCAAUUUGCCCAGCAGCCGUGCUACACCAUGUUCUCUGGCCAUCUCAAUGACUCUGAGAGAAGAGUCUUGCAGUCCAUCAGUCUCUAGGAUGGCUUCUCCGCGUUAUCAGCUCUCAAACUGUCCUUGUCCCAGUGUUCACCACUCACUUGUAUGAUUCUAAAUCCGAGGACUAGAGUGGCCUUGGAAAGCCUUUUUGGCUGGCACUUACAAACCCUGAGCCCAGUGCAAGACUUCGCAAAGACAAUGACCGUGUUGACACAUCCUGGCCAAUGGGCUGCUGAAGGACACACUGGAAGAGUAUUGCAGAAAGAGAGGGAGUGCUUUAGCCGGUCCUUUUGACCCCAGAAAACUGGAAUGGUAGUGGAAAUGAUAACAGGAUAUAAAUUCCAGUAGUGAAACCUUGGGCAUAGUAAAAGUGGUUAGAAAUGGGUCAAGAGGUUCUUUUCAAAGGAACCAAUAUCACUAUAGAUUAUGUUUAAGAAGUGUCAGCUGGUGUCCAUUUGUAAUAUUCUCACUUUACCAAUUCAUGGUGGUCUGAAAAUCUUUCUGUAAAGGAAGGCAUACAAUUUUUGGAAGAUGAACUUUGACAAGUUGGAAAUUUUGCCAGCUUAUGUUUAUGGCUGUGCAAUGUGGGUGGAUAAGAGGGAGUCACAGUGUUGCCAUGGUGAUAUACAGCCUACUAGUGUUCUUAUACCCACUGGAUUUGGGGGAUGAUUUUUCAAAAUAAAAGGCCAAUUAAGGUCUCAUUUUCAAUUUUA